UCUAACCCGCUAAUUGUUAACACAAUCGCUCUCAGGUUCGCUCUCCUCAUGCUCAAAAAAGAAUGAGAGUUCAUAACAUUCAUCUUUGAGCAAAGACAAAACUGAAAUUCCACCGCAAAUUCAUGUUUUAAGGUUAGAUUAUCUCUAACCAUGAUUUCAACUCCACAUUUUACUACCUCUGACUAUUAUGCUAAUCUGCUUCAAACUAGCUCAAAAACCCCGCACCUGUCUGUUGGGAAAUCAAUACAUGCUCAGAUUAUCAAACAAGGACUACUUGCUAGUGUAUAUCUAUUGAACAAUCUCCUAAAUUUAUAUGUCAAAUGUGGUUUAACCCCUGUUGCCCACCAACUGUUUGAUGAAAUGCCUGUGAAGAAUAUGUUUUCUUGUAACACAAUUGUCUCAGGGUAUGCUAAAGGGGGAAGAAUGGGUGAUGCUAGUUUCGUUUUUCGACAAAUUCAGGACCCCGAUUCAGUCUCUUGGACUUCCAUGAUUGUGGGUUAUUAUCAUUUGGGGUAUUAUGGAAAUGCAUUAAAAUUGUUUUUGGGUAUGAUCAAGGAUGGAGUUUCACCUACCCAGUUCACAAUUACUAGUGUUCUUGCUGCCUGUGCUAACAUGAGAGAUUUGAAUCUUGGUAGGAAGGUUCAUUCAUUUGUUGUUAAGCAUGGAUUAGGUAGUUAUGUCCCUGUGGCAAAUUCACUUUUUAAUAUGUAUGUGAAGGUAGGUGAUCAUGUAAGGGCAAGGGUUAUUUUUGAUAGAAUGAGGAUUAGAAAUGUUUCGAGCUGGAACUCUAUGAUUUCUUUGCAUAUAAUGUCUGGUCGUGUUGAUCUUGCUCGGUUGCAGUUUGAUCAAAUGGUUGAGCGUGAUAUUGUGUCAUGGAACUCUAUUAUCACAGGGUACAACCAAAGGGGAUUUCAUCUUGAAGCUCUCCAAUUAUUCGCGGAAAUGUUAAAGGAUUCUUCUUUGGAACCAGACAAGUUUACUUUGGCUAGUGCUAUAUCAGCUUGUGCAAGUCUUGAGAACUUGGAACUCGGGAAACAAAUCCAUGCAUAUAUGAUAAGAACUGAGUUUAAUAUAUGUGGGGCAGUGGAAAAUUCUUUGAUCACAAUGUACUCUAAGUGUGGAGGUGUAGAAAAUGCUCGAAAGAUUAUACAGAAAAACGGGAUUUCUAAUCUAAAUGUGAUAGCAUUCACAACUUUAAUGGAUGGCUAUGUGAAGCUUGGUGAUAUUAGGCCUGCAAGAGAGAUAUUUGACUCAUUGAAAGACCGUGAUGUGAUUGCUUGGACGGCAAUGAUAGUAGGUUAUGAACAGAAUGGAUUUGAUAAUGAUGCAGUGGAAUUAUUCAGGUUAAUGCUUAAAGAAGGUCCCAGGCCAAAUAAUUACACAUUAGCUGCUAUGUUAAGUGUUAUUUCAAGCUUGGCUUUUUUGGAACAUGGCAAACAAAUUCAUGCAGUUGCCAUAAGGUCAGCAGAAGUAUCAUCAGUUAGCGUAAGCAAUGCAUUAAUUACCAUGUAUGCCAAGGCUGGAAGUAUAGCUCGUGCCAGGCGUGUUUUUUCUCAUCACCAUUGUAGAGACAGUGUUACAUGGACCUCAAUGAUUAUCGCUUUAGCUCAACAUGGGUUUGGAGAAGAAGCAAUAGAAUUGUUUGAGGAAAUGCUGGUUUUGGAUAUUAAACCGGACCAUGUAACUUAUGUGGGUGUACUUGUUGCUUGUACCCAUGUUGGUUUGGUAGAGGAAGGAAAGAGUUAUUACAACAUGAUGCAGAAUGUGCAUAAAAUUAAACCAACUGCGAGCCACUAUUCUUGCAUGGUUGAUCUCCUUGGACGUGCUGGUUUGCUGCAAGAAGUACAGGAUUUCGUUAAGAAAAUGCCAAUUGAACCUGACAAUAUUGCUUGGGGUUCCAUUUUAGCGUCUUGUAAUGUUCAUAAAAACGUAGAGUUGGCUAAAGUUGCAGCAGAGAGAUUGCUUCUUCUUGAUCCAGGAAACAGUGGGGCCUUUGCAUCCCUUGCUAAUAUAUAUUCUGCAUGUGGAAAGUGGGCAGAGGCUGCUAAAGUUAGAAAAUCAAUGAAGAAGAAAGGGAUUAAGAAAGACCAAGGACUGAGCUGGCUUCAAGUCAAGAACGAAGUCCACGUCUUUGGAUCUGAAGAUGCACUUCACCCUCAAAGAGAAGCAAUCUUCACAAAGAUGGCAAAAAUCUGGGAUGAGAUCAAGAAAAUGGGUUUUGUUCCAGACACUGGUUCAGUGCUACAUGAUCUGGAUGAUGAAGCGAAAGAACAUAUUCUAAAGCAUCACAGUGAAAAGCUUGCUAUAGCAUUUGGACUUCUAAAUACUCCUAAUAACACCACCUUAACAAUCAUGAAAAACUUGCGGGUAUGUAAUGAUUGUCACUCUGCUAUCAAAUUCAUUUCGAAGCUAGUUAGCAGAGAAAUUAUUCUGAGGGAUGCUACACGGUUUCACCAUUUUAAAGACGGUGUCUGCUCGUGUAGAGACUAUUGGUAGUUUUGGAAUUUGGAGUUAGCUAUGCAAUUCUUGUAGGUGGAUCCUUGCAAGGGGUGAUCUAAUAACUGGAAGUCACUGGACUGGAGACAGACAGGGCAUUAUGAAGAUGAUGAAGAAAUUACAGAAUGCAAAUUCAGAAUCGCCUUGAAGGAUUAUAGUUCUGAUCAAUGAAUGAAGACAAAGUAUCGCAGAACCUAUUAUUCUUUGAGGAUUGAGAAAACAGUUUGAUGUCUAAAUCUACAUUGUCAUGAGCAUGAUCUAUAGCUUGAGCUGGUGAAAAGAAAGUGGUUUUAUUGUUUACUGGUUCUAAUCAAUUCAUUACCAUCUUUACUAGGUUUUUUGCAGAGUGGAUUGGUUUCAUGCU